AUGGCUCAGCGAUUUUGGAGCCGGCUGGGUUUGGGUGCCGCCAAGGCCACGAUGAGAAGAGUCGGCACGGGAGCAUUGCUGGGAACAGGCGCGGCCGCCACAAGCUACCUUUGCGCGAGCCGGCGCGGCCCCUUGCAUCUUGAGAGCUCCGCGGGGCUGGAAGAGCGUGUGCGCCUCCUGGAGACCAAGCUCCGCUCCCUCGAGCUCAGCGACCAAGAGGAGAUGCGGGCUGUGGCAACACUCAAAAUGGCUGCGGCCCAGCAUGGUCUCGAUAUUGCCGGCGGAACCAUUCGCCGGACGUCCUCGCGGUUCUGCCUGGGUGUGGAGCACGGCGACUACAAUGGUACUGAGCUCUUUGGUGUUGGGACCGAUCGAUUCAUCUGGAUGGCGUUUAAGCCGAACGAUUCCGGAAAGAUCCGAGUCUAUAGCCAGAAUUUCCCCGAUGAGGGGGUGGUGGAGUUCACUCCCGGCAAGGUCCCGCCCCCGAAAUCGGCGGAGAUUUCGGAGACCUGGGCCAGGUUCCCCUACGGCGUGGAGCAUGUCUUGCGCCAGAAUGGCAUUGAGACGGGUCGUGGUUUUGAUGCCGUGCUGGUGGGAAACAUCCCCGGCGGCGGAAUGUCCCGUUCCGCUUCCCUGGUCAUCAACCUCAUGCUGACAAUGCUCGAGGUGAACAACAAGAGCUUGCCGGAGGGCGACUUCAGGGUCGUUACGAUGGCGCAGCAGGUGGAGAACGACUACAUCGGAACGCCCUGCGGUAACUUGGACCAGAUCAUGAUCUACUAUGCCAAAACGGGCAUGGGCACGCGCUACGACCCCAAGACCAAGCAGGUCUCCUAUGUGCCUUUGGGCGUCGACACCAACGAGUUCAGAAUAGCGGCUCUGGACACCGGUACAGUCCGUCACGGCUUGGAGAAGACUACUUACGCAGUGCGCGUAAAGGAAUGUUGUGAGUUCGUGGCCCUCCUUCAGAAGAAGGGUUACAAGAUUCAGAGCCUGGGGGACGUGAAGGAUCGGGCCACUUACGAGAAGAUUGUGGCCGAAUGUGGUUCCUCACAUCCAGACCACUGCUUGCGACUGGAGUAUCUCUUUUUCGCACAGGAGAGGUUCGAGGCGAUGGUGAAAGCCUGGGAAGCCGGCAACAUCGACGAGGUGGGCGCAACUUUCCGCCGGGAUGGCAUUGGCCUGCGCGACGAGUAUCAAAUCUCGGGCCCGGAACUGGAGACGAUGGUCAACAUCGCUCGCACUGUCCCCGGCGUGAUUGGCGAGCGCAUGCUUGGGGGUGGCGACAAGGCGCGGUUGAACCAGGAUUCUGCUUAA